AUGACACAUUCAAAGGAGGAUACAAAGGUGUUUGCUGAUAUUAUUGCACGUGAUAGUGAAUGUAAAAAGUGUUUUGAAUGCGGUUCACCAAAUCCCCAGUGGUGUGAUGUGCAUCAUGGUAUUUUCAUCUGUCUUGAUUGUAGCGGUGUUCACAGAAGCCUCGGCGUGCACCUCUCAUUUGUGCGGAGCUCCACAAUGGAUGGAUGGACGAAUUGGCGUCCGGAGAAGUUAAAACAAAUGCAACUCGGUGGUAAUCGCCGGGCUCGCGAGUACUUUGAGCGCCAUGAUGUCCCCCGUCUGCCCAUUCAAGCCCGAUAUGAGUCCCUCGCCGCCCUCCGCUAUGCCGCCAUGUUAGAAGCGGAGGCGCUCGGGCAGCCGUUCAGCGAAGAGACGUGGACCCCACCGGAGUGGUACGAUCGCUUGCGGCAACAACAACAACAACAACGGGGAGCCGGCGGUGUGCCGCUGCAGGCACCGCAGCAACACCGUCCAAUCACUGGUAUGGGGAAUAGCAACAACAACAACAAUAAUGCGGGAGGCGGUGAUUGGUAUAAUUCCCUUGCAAGUGGAUGGGCCACGUUCUCGAAGAAAACGACAGAACUGGCGGAGACGGCAAGUUCACAGGCGCGUACACUUAUUCGAGAUACCAAUGUGGACGAUGUGAAGACAAAGUUGGCCUCAGGAUGGUUUACAGUAUCGGACUACGCAAACCAAUUAUCAUCUAAAAUCACAACUAUUGCCGCAGGAAAUGAUGAUGAUGGUUUAACAGGUCUCACUGCAAAAGCUAGAAUGGCAGCACAAGAGAAUGAUGUCGCUCCAUCAGGGACACGUGGAACUUCUAAUUCCGCACAGCAGGGUAGCACGAUGGCUCUAUCAUCAGGUUUUACUGGUGUAUCCCGAAGCACUGAUAACACAAACCAGCAGCAAGAAAGCUUUUGGCCAGAGUCUCAAGCACAGAAAGGAGGUGUGCCUGAAAAUACUUUGAAAGCUAAUAAUAGUAGGGCACCAUUAAAGAGGAAAGACAGUGGUGAAUGGGCUUGGGAUGAGUAA